ACGCGCGGGAAGUGGCGCACGCAACUCCGCCUUAAUGCCUGAAACUGCGGCGACUUUCCACCACCUCCAACACAUCUCUCCCUUCGUCUAACCCACCCACAAAUCCACCCAUUCAUCCCUUCCUGGCCAGCGUACGCAUCGUUCAUCUUCGCCACUCGAUCAACAGGUUGUGCUCGUCGAUUGGACAGCGUUGGUUGAGCAUCUUGGCCAUUCACCGCCUCUCGUCCUUGCCCACCCCUCGACCUCCAAGAUGAAGAGCGUACAGAGGAAUUUCGGGCGGAUUAUGAAGAGGUCGGCCAACGAGGCUGACGUGGCUUCGGUGAUAGCGGACUUCAAGGCUGUGGAUGACAUGUUGGAGAGGUUGAUCAAAGACCUUAUAAUCUGGCGCAAUGCGUGGGAAGACAUCUUCAAGUUCCAGUACGAUACCGCCGAAGCCUUCGCCGUCCUCUACAAGCCCAUCGAAGCGACGGGCGAGACAACGGAACGCCGACACCGCGACGAGCAGACGCCUGACAACUACCUGCAGAAAUGUUUGGGCUUGCAGAAGGAGUACUCCGAGGAGAGGGCAGAGCUGGCGCAAGAGAUCGAGACCAUCUCCUACAAACUCAUUCGGCCGGCAGAGGAGGCCAAACAACGCACCACGCUCUUGCACAAGACCCUGAAGCACCGAGACAACAUGAAGCUCGACUACGAGCGAUACCUCAGCCGCGUGGAGCACACUCGCAAGAAAGACAAUCGAUCGGCAAAGGACGAGGCGAAUCUGCAGAGCCAAGAAGCCAGUCUUGCCCAGUCGAAAAUCGACUACCAGUCUGCCGAUGACCAUGUCAGGCAAACCUUCCCCGACGUGACCGCCGGUGUGUUGAGCCUGCUUCCGCCCCUGCUCGAGCAGCAAGUGCGCGUGCACACUACCCUUGUCGGCCAGCUGUACACCUACCUCGACGAGUAUACGCGGAAGUACGGCUUUGCCAAUCCCGCUCCGUCAGACUCGGAAAUCGUCCGCACAUUCGAGAGCGAGUUCACCGCCUUCCGAAAGGAGCUCGAGAGCGGCAUCACGGUGAUUGCGCGGGGCAAGACUCCUCACAUGUCGAUGAGCCUACCAGCAGAUAAAGACAAAGGUACUGUCACCGGGCUUGGGCUCAGAAAUAAGGUCACGGGCUUGCACACGGGCUUGCAAAGUAGUUUGCACAAGAAGGACACAAAGCCCGCCGGUCUGCCUAGUAGCAGCGGCCUCUCCAGCAGUCCUCACGACGCGCCCGACGCCGCCAGCGAACAGGACGAACUGGCCCCUCCCAGACCACCUCGACCCGGCCGAACACCUUCACCACUCUCCUCCUCGGGCGUCCCCACAAUGAACAAACUCCGCAUGCCAUCCAGCUCCUCCAUCCCCACCAACGGAACCCACGACAUCAAAUCCCCACCGCCCUACGACUACAAAACUACAGCCGCGACGCCGCCCUCACGCUACCAAACCCCCGCCAACGGCGCCUCACCCCUCCCCACCCCUCAAUCCGGCCUCGGAGGCAACGACUACUUCUCCAAUGCGGCCAACAGCCGCCGCCCCUCUGCAAACUCCAUCGCGUCGAGCGCCGCCUCCAUCGCCGCCGCGAAGAAGAAGCCCCCGCCGCCGGUGCCUGCGAAGCGACUGCCUAGCGUGCAAUCGCAAUUCGUGACGGCGCUGUAUGAUUUUGAGGGGCAGAGCGCGGGAGACCUGACAUUUAGAGAAGGUGAUAGAAUUCGGGUGGUCAAGAAGACGGACAGCCAGGAAGACUGGUGGGAUGGAGAGCUGAAGGGCCGCACCGGUGCCUUUCCGGCGAACUACGUGAAGAUUGGUUGAAGGUCACACGGAACGAGUGAGAUGAUAGA